AUGCUAGCUGCAGAUAGCAAUACAGGGCACAAUAGGCAAUCAACACGCCCCAAAAGUGGCUAUGAACCUUCGGAUACAGAAACUGAGUGGCAUGAUAGCCCUUGGAAUGAUGCAAUAUUGAAAUCACAGCGGACUCGGUUGCCUAAAGAUCCUGCUAGGGACCCCCAAGUUGGUGCUAGAAGGCAAAACACAUCUCCGAACCGUGUAAGAGAUUAUCCUGACGAGAAAACUUCAAGCUUGAGGAAUAAUCGUACUCCUCCCAGGGUCACCGAACAGAGGCGCCAUACUUCCCCAUAUGCUGGUGGAAACAAUGAAUCACGCAAGAAGAGCAGCCGGACACCUCCCAGAUUUCGGCCUUCUAUGGAAAAAUUUAGUCGAUCAUCGAUCAAGGAGAGGAUAUCCCGUAGCCGGUCAAUUUCUACACCGAAACUACGACCUCAUGAGAAGGAGCAUCCUUCUAGAGUUCCUGCAUUCCGUGGCACUCCUGUCUCAACACAGGUAGAAAGAGACUCAAUUGAUGUUAUGAAAGGUGGUUCACAUGCAGAAAAUUGUUCCCCAGAGAUCAAUGAGUUGGGUGCAAACAGCAAGGGGCCUAGUUCCAAACAUAAUGAGUAUACAUGUACAAGCACAGAGUCUGCAGGUGACAUCUUCUUCUCCCGUGACUGUAGGGCCCCGCUUGCGAAAACAUUAGUAAAGAAUAACAGUAUUGACAAAUCCUUCACCUCUGAUUCAAACGUCGAUGAUGCUGAUGUUACUCAAGCAAAUAGCAAUAAUUUGGGCCAGACAUCACAGUUUGUUUCAGUUAGGACUGGUUUUUCACGAACUACAAACACCAGCCAUGCUAAUGGUCGGCACUCACAAGUUAGCAGUGGCACCACUUUGAGUAGGCGGUUAAACAGUGAUCGGUUUAGUGGGGAUAGUGGAAAGUUCAGUGAUUUCACUGAGAAACUAGUUGGAGGCGUCAUGAAAUUCACCUCUAGCAGGCAGAAGACCCAAAAUGAUGCUUGGUUUCCAUGUGCGAUUGGAAAGUCGUGCCGUAAACCAGAACCAGCGAGCCACAAAAAAAAUGAUGAUUCUGAAUCAACUUUUAUUCGGAAGGCACUUGUUGUGGAGAAGAUUAGACUUUUCUGGGCUGAUAAAUAUCGUCCACGGACUUUGAGUGGAUUUACUUGUCACAGGGAGCAAGUUCAACAGCUUAAACAAUUGGUUUCCCCUGAGUUUUGUCCUCAUAUCAUUCUCAAAGGGCCUCCAGGAUCAGGAAAGAGAUCAUUAUGCAGAGCAGUACUCACUGAGAUCUUUGGUGAUUCCUCUCUGAAUGUAUCUCACUAUUUGAAGAGUUGCAAUGCCCAGGGACCUGCAUCUGCGCCCAUUUUUGUCCCAUUAUCAUCAAGUGAUCACCACGUUGAACUCAAUAUGAGGACUCAAUCCAAGCAUGCUAGAUAUGCUUUGACAGCUCUGGCAAAUGAAAUGUCAAAUAAGCAUAAAAUUACUGAGAUAGCUGCAACCAAGAACUUCAAAGUUAUUGUUCUCUAUGAUGUUGACAAAGUUAGUGAGAACAAUCAGCGGUUGAUAAAAUGGAUAAUUGAUUCCUCCUCUGAUGCAUGCAAAAUAAUAAUGACUUGCCAAGAUGGGCCCAAUCUUCUUGAUUCUAUUACAAGCCGUUGCAAGCUUAUUAGCAUUAGUGUGCCAAAUACACGUGAGGUUGUGGAGGUUCUCACUCACAUAUCAAAAAGGGAGAGUUUCGAUCUCCCCGCAAGUUUGGCUUACACCAUUGCGACUCGAUCCGCGCACAACAUGAGGGAGGCGAUAUUGGCUCUGGAGGCAUGCAGAGCUAACAGCUACCCCUUCGUGGAUGGACAAGCUAUACCGCUAGGAUGGGAUGGUGUUCUUGAGGAACUCGCAGCAGAAAUUUUAGAAGAUCCUUCUCCCAAAAGGUUAUUUUUGGUACGAGGCAAGCUCCAAAAACUUUUGGUUGAAUCCGUGCCUCCUAAACUUGUUCUCCAGAAACUCGUAGAGCUGUUCCUGAAGGGAAUACAUGCUAACAUAAAGAGGGAUGUUUAUUACUGGCACGCCUACUACGAUAAGAGGUUGCCGGCUGGUGCCAGUGCACUGCUGAAACUGGAAGAAUUUAUCGCCAAGUUCAUGAGCAUCCACCGGAAGAGCUUGGCAGCCGAUUCAUGA